AAAAACAAAACAAAACAGUUUUGCCCUCAAAAAGUUUUUUUUUAUUUUCUCAGUUACAUGUAAAAGGUUUUUGACAUUAGUUUUUUAAAUAUUGAGAUCCAAAUGUCUCCUUUCCCCUCCUUAAAAAGGUAAGCAAUUUGAUAUUUUGCCUGCACAGUCAUGCAAAACAUUUCUCAAAGAUCCAUGAAAAAAAAAACUCACCAGACCCUUCCCCCUCCAAAAACAAGAAAAAUACAGUUUAAAAAGUAUGCUUCGAUCUGCAUUCAGACUCCAUCAGUUCUUUCUCUAGAGGUGAAUGGCAUUUUUCAUCAUAAAUCCUUUGAAAUUAUUUUGGAUGAUUGUAUUGUUUGAGAAUAGUUAAGCUAUUCCCAGAUGAUCAUGGUACAGUAUUGCUGUUGCUGUGCACAGUGAUCUUCUGGUUAUGGAGCUUACAUUCCAAUGAAGAGAAAACAUAACAACUAGAAAUAAACAUGAUGGAUACAGAAUAGACAAAAGAUAAUCUCUGAAAAUCAGCACUAGUAGUAGUGAAUGGGGGACUGAAAAAAGCUAUCUGAAGAAGAUGGAUUUUGAAUGGAGUCUUCAAGGAAAUCAGGAAGUUGAGGGUGAUGAGGAAGAAUAUUCAGAUCAGUGGAUGGAUGGACUUGGUUUGAAGGAAGAAACAAAGAGCAUAUGAGUAAUAAUCGGUGAAAAAAAGGAACGGAAGAUAGGGUAAAACUCACUGGUCUUGACAUACCAAUGACAAAGAACAAUGAGGUCUUGGUGAUUUAUUGUUACAUUGUGACAUAAAAAGUGAGAUACUGUGGUUAAAAAAUUUUUUUUUAGAAAAAAGAGAAAGAAAGAAAUUCAAUAAACAUUAAAUACCUAAUACAUACAAGGCAUUGUGAUAGUCCUCUAGAUCACAAAGACAAAAGCAAAUCAGUCCUUACCUUCACAGAGCUUACAUUUAUUGGGUGAAAUACAUAAAAAGUAGAUAGAGUUAUUGGAAGCUGGAGAGAGUUCUGACAAUAGGAGGGAGAAGGAAAAGCUUCACAUAGGAGUUGACACUUGAUUUGUGCCUGGAAGGAUACUAAAUGGAGAAACUUGAAGAAUGCAGCUCCAAUUGAUGUGGUAUCAGAAGCAGUUGUCAAAAUGUCGAAAAGUGACUCAAGGUGAUACACUUUCCUGAUCUGGUUGUGCAACCAAUAGUGGAAGAAUUUGUGGAAGUAAGCCACGAGGUUUCAGACUGUAGACCAUGUUGAAUAGAAUUAUACUUGGAAGUUCACAACAAGAAUACCACUUUUUGGCAUCUGCGGACACAUCACUUUUGCUUGAAGGAAGAUCUUUUUUCCAUUAGAAUCAUGAUGGCAAUGGAAGAGCAGCAACAACCACAAAAGAAUAAUUUUUACUUGGAAUUACCUAAAGUGGAACUUCAUGCCCACUUAAAUGGAUCCAUUAGUUCUUCUACUAUGAAGAAAUUAAUAGCCAAAAAGCCAGAUCUUAAAAUCCAUGAUCAGAUGACUGUGAUUGAUAAAGGAAAGAAAAGAACUUUAAAAGAAUGUUUCCAAAUGUUUCAGCUCAUUCAUCAGAUUACUACUAGCCCUGAAGAUAUAUUAAUGGUCACAAAAGAUGUUAUUAAAGAAUUUGCUGAUGAUGGUGUCAAGUAUCUAGAACUGAGGAGUACACCUAGAGAAGAAAAUACAACAGGUAUGACUAAAAAGUCUUAUGUGGAAACUGUCCUAGAAGGCAUAAAACAGUCUAAACAAGAGAAUUCGGAUAUUGAGGUGAGAUAUUUAAUAGCAAUAGACAGAAGAGGUGGAACUUCAGUAGCAAAAGAGACUGUUAAACUUGCCAAAGAAUUCUUCCUUUCCUCUGAGGAUACUGUCGUUGGCAUUGACUUGAGCGGAGACCCCUCUGCAGGACAUGGGAAAGACUUUUUGGAACCUCUUUUGGAAGCAAAAAAAGCAGGUCUGAAAUUGGCAUUGCAUCUUUCAGAGAUUCCAAACCAAGAAAAAGAAACCCAAGUUCUCCUGGGGUUGCCUCCUGACAGAAUUGGCCACGGGACAUUUCUCAGUUCAUGUGAAGGAGGGUCACUGGAUCUGGUGGAGUUUGUUAGACAGAACCGUAUACCACUAGAACUCUGUUUGACUUCAAACAUCAAAAGUCAGACAGUACCUUCUUAUGAUCAACAUCACUUUGGAUUCUGGUACAGCAUAGCCCACCCUUCUGUAAUUUGUACUGAUGAUAAGGGUGUUUUUGCCACACACCUUUCUCAGGAGUACCAACUAGCUGCUGAGACAUUCGGUUUGACCCAGACACAGAUGUGGGAUCUCUCCUAUGAAUCCAUCAAUUAUAUUUUUGCUUCCAGCAGCACCAAAUCUGAAUUAAGGAAGAAGUGGAAUAAUUUGAAGCCAAAAUUCUUACAUUAACUUUUGGAGAUAGGAAAGGAGACUGUCUAGGAAGUCACAUCAUAGUCUUUGGCCUCCAUUUGGAACUACUUUGCAAUCCUUCAACCACCUGCCUUGAAUCAGUGUUUGGGAAAUCCUCUGAGAAUUUAAAUCAAGGGUCCUUAAUCAGUAGAUUAUAGCCCAUUGGUAACUGCUUAAGUUUUACCUGGCUGAUCUCUGGUUUGUCUGCUAAUAUUCACUUCCAUCCCCUACUCCUCCAAGGUUAUGGGAAAGGGAGCUAGUCUAAUCAAAAACUCGUACACAAACCAUAUUUGCCAUUGCCUACCCAGUAAUAAUAAGGCUUUUGAAAAAAUCAUCCUUUUCCUUUCAUUCAUUCCCCAAAUAUCCCAGUAGCAUUAACAGCUGCUGAUGACAUCUGAAUCUCUCCUAAAGGGUCUGUUUUAAAAAAAAAAAGAGAGAGAGAGAGAGAGAGAGAAGCAUCAAUCUUUCAUGGAAUCUUUUGCCCACUUGGACUGCCUUGAAGUCUGUAAGACUCAUCAAUAAUUCAUUUCCUUCCCCCCAACCAAAAUUGAUCCCUGCAAUAGUAGCAGCACUGCCUAGGAUCCUCUAGUUCACCAUCAGCCCCGACACACUCAGGGGGAAAAAAAAACUGCAUUGUAAAACAUAUAUUUUAAUAGUUACUUCAACAGGAGAUGGGACCAAACUAAUAAAACUUCUUAACUGGAGGACUAAGUAACCAAGUAGUAGGAUAGGAUAGAGGCAUACUUGUUUUGCUUUCUAGAAAUUCUGCUAUAAUUAUAAUUUUAUGAAAGUGUGCCCGAAGGAAUUACCUGAUCCUACCUAAACAUUAGCCGUUGCCACCCUUCUUUCUCCACUAUCUCAUCCCUUCCAAAUUUAAUUGGAGAUAGUUGUUGUUAUUCCCUAUUUUCUAGAGCCUAGAUUGUAGCAUGCAUAAAUCAUAAUUUAUGAGGAAAGGUUAUAGGGCAUAGGAUGGACUUGGGUUUAACAGUCAUUAGGCCUAACUUCACAUGUGGUGUACAAAGCCAUGAUCUGUUAUUCCUCAAGCUUCCUUAGAGCUACUAUGAACCAUUCAUUUUCUCCCAAUAGUUUAUAUAAGUCUGACCUCAGGAAAUUUUUUCUUUGAGAGUUGAUAGUCAUGAGGCCAAAAAAAAAAAAUCUAAAAAGCAGAUAACAUGUCACUAAGCCCUAAGUAUGAGUGCUUAUAUAUACUGGUUUUUCUAAUGGUGUGUUCCCCCAAACAAUAGGUGAAUAAAUUGAAAAUUAAUAUUUA